AUGGUUAAAAAUACCGUGGUCCUGAAGGGACCUUUGAAGCUUGCCCACCCCCCUCGGACCAUCACAACCAACCGUGUCCUCUCCUUCUACGCCCAGUACGCUGUUGACUUCACUACCGCGAAGACCACUACAUCUCCGACCAAGUACUAUGCUUCCACUGCGAUCCUAGUGAACACAGACCAGUCGAUUAUUCAUGGUGCAGAGGCAAUCUGGGGGUACUAUAUCCACCUUUAUGAGCCGUUCAAAUGCUGCGUGCACGAUGUGAUCUCGAUGACCCUUUUGAGCGACGAGGGAACCGACGUGCAUACUUUGAUUGUGGAGACUAUCAACAACUUGCAUUUGAAGAAUGGAAAGGAGCCAGUGUCACUCCCCCAGUCAUUUGUUUAUGAGAUUGCCAAAUCCCAGGGGGGUACCGGCAUGUAUGGACUGCAAAUCAACCAAGUCAGAUGCUACUUCGAUAGAGGCCUGCUGCAGAAGGCAGCAAGUACCUAA